GCGCCGCCGGGGUUUUGAAGCAGCUGAGCGCUACCCACGAGAGGACAAGAUGUUUGCGGGAAAAGUGACCAGUGUUGGGAAGAAGCUGAUCCGCCGGCGCGUGGUGGAUCUGAGCUCCGAGGACACGCGUUUCGCUCGCUGUCUCUCCACACUGGACCUCAUAGCCCUGGGGGUGGGCAGCACGCUAGGGGCCGGUGUGUAUGUGCUGGCCGGAGAAGUGGCCAAGGAGAUGGCUGGUCCCUCCAUUGUCCUCUGCUUCCUGGUGGCUGCUCUCUCAUCAGUACUGGCUGGACUCUGCUAUGCAGAGUUUGGGGCCCGCGUCCCCAAGACCGGCUCUGCCUACCUCUACAGCUACGUCACUGUCGGCGAGAUCUGGGCUUUCACAACCGGCUGGAACCUCAUCCUCUCCUAUGUGAUAGGCACGGCCAGUGUGGCUCGAGCCUGGAGCGCGGCAUUCGACAACAUCAUCGGCAACCACAUCUCCACUUUCUUCAUGAACAAGACCACAGUGCACCUGCCAGGGGUCCUGGCCGAGCGCCCAGACUUCUUCGCUCUGAUCCUGAUUGGGCUACUCACUGCGCUGCUGGCCUUCGGUGUCAGUGAAUCCGCCCUCGUGAACAAAAUCUUCACAGCGGUGAACCUGGUGGUGCUGGGCUUCGUCAUCAUUGCUGGUUUCGUGAAGGGAGACAUCAAGAACUGGCAGCUCUCAGAGGACUACAUCGACGGCUACCUGGACCCACUGGAUGAUAUUGGGAAAAAAGCCUUCGGCUCUGGUGGGUUUAUCCCUUUUGGAUUGGAAGGGAUCCUGACUGGUGCUGCCACCUGUUUCUAUGCCUUCGUGGGCUUUGACUGCAUUGCCACCACAGGGGAGGAAGCCAGGAACCCACAACGCUCAAUCCCCAUUGGCAUCAUUGUGUCCCUCCUCAUCUGCUUCGUGGCUUAUUUCGGGGUCUCCGCAGCCCUGACCCUCAUGGUACCUUACUUCCUCCUGAACAAGGAGAGCCCCCUGCCUGAGGCUUUCAAGGCAGUGGGCUGGGAGCCCGCCCGCUAUGCCGUUGCCGUCGGCUCGCUCUGUGCCCUCUCCACCAGCUUGCUGGGCUCCAUGUUCCCCAUGCCCCGCGUGAUCUAUGCCAUGGCGGAGGACGGGCUGCUCUUCAAGUUCCUCUCCAGCAUCAACAGCCGCACGAAGACCCCUCUGUUAGCCACCAUCACCUCGGGGCUCCUUGCGGCGGUGAUGGCCCUCCUGCUUGACCUGAAGGACCUGGUGGACCUCAUGUCAAUCGGCACGCUGCUGGCCUACUCCCUGGUGGCGGUGUGCGUGCUCAUCCUCCGGUACCAGUCCGGGCAGCUGAACUCCCCAAAGGCCAUGGAAAUGCUGGAGCUGAAUGGGAAUGAGGAGGAGAGGGUGAUCAUGAACCCGACUGUCGCCAGCGCCCAGCAGAAAGAGACACUGUCCCUGGCGACGCUCUUCAACCCACUUGCAGACACCCCCACCACGCUCUCGGGGCGCAUUGUCUACAUCUGUGUCUCAGUCAUUGCCACACUGAUCACAGUCAUCUGCGUGGUCCUGACCCUCAAGGUGACUGCGCUGAAGGACGCCAGCGUGGGCUGGAUCACGGCCCUGGUGCUGCUCCUUGUGGCUCUGCUCAUUCCUACCAUCAUCGUUUGGAGGCAGCCACAGAGCAACGCCCGGUUGAACUUCAAAGUACCUUUCCUCCCGCUCCUGCCCAUCUUCAGCAUCUUCGUUAACAUACUGCUGAUGGUACAGCUGAGUGCCGGCACCUGGGUGCGGUUUGCCAUCUGGACGGCUGUGGGUUUUAUGAUUUACUUCGGCUAUGGGAUUCGGAACAGCGUGGAAGGGAAAAACAUGGAGGAACCCGGUGCCACAGUAGAAAAGCCUCUGCACCACCCUGAACUGGACCUUGGCCCCGGGGCUGCUGCGGUCUGAGGGACUGGGCACCAGCACUCCGUGGACCUCUGCCAGUAUUCCCGCUUGGGGGACAAGAUCAUGAUCCACACAGUACAUCCAUCCCCUCGCCCACGGGGAGCGAGUCCCAGAGUCAGGACCGCAGAGCCAGGUCAUGUGCUGCCCUUUCCCCUCGCAGAGCAGAGGUCACGGAGACGAGCCACCGGGCUGGGUGGGAGCGCUGGUGGCCCGGGGCUGGUCUCUGCCAUCCCCCUGACCCUGCUGAGGGGCAGUUACACUGUCACGGCC